UAGUUGUAGUGCGCCUAUGAACAUUCCUGUAGAUUUCCUCGGUGGGGUUGUAUGUCUAGAUCUGUGGGUGCACUUUUGAAUAGGUCACAUCAACUUCGCCUAAAGAAUGCAAACAACGUGUUGAAUACCGUGCUGCUGGCUUUGAGUAUCUGCACUGUGAAACUUCUCAUUGGUCUUGGGAGCAGGUUUCUGCACUGAAUGCACUGACCAGGUAUUAAAGACAAGGAGCCAGAUGUCUUCACAUUGCCCAUCUGUACUAUUCUUGACCAUUCCCUCCCUACCACCCUCCAGUCCCACUCUGACUCUGGGUGCCCUUUGUAACCAACCCUAUAAGCAAAUGCAAUCUGCCUUUCCAUUGGCUUUGCCUGCCCCCUGUCUCUCCUGACCUUUCCUGUGCAUAUUCAUGAGGCUUCCUGUCGCCGUGUGUGUGCCUGUACAGCUGCUUGGUUCUGAACUGUGUGUGGAGAGGGGAGGGAGAGAGACGGAGAAAGGGGGACGAGUGAGCAGGGAACAGCAGCAGGGCUGGAGGCUUCAGCCAUGUCAGUUUUCUCUACAACGCUGGACAGACGAUGAGAAGAGAGGAACAAUGGCCUUGUCACUGAGUGCAGACGAAGAGGAUUAUGAUUCAGAAUCUGAACAGCAACGAGAAGCCAACCGGCCAAAGCCCAAGAUGGGGACUUCAGCAGCGGUCAAGCUUCCGUCCAAUCGCAGUGCGUCUGGUGCCAGACGCAGGAGAACACGCUGCCGAAAGUGUGAGGCGUGCCUCCGAACUGAGUGUGGAGAAUGUCACUUCUGUAAAGACAUGAAGAAGUUUGGAGGACCUGGGCGCAUGAAGCAGUCCUGUAUCAUGAGGCAGUGCAUUGCACCUGUCCUGCCCCACACAGCUGUGUGUGUGGUGUGCGGAGAAGCAGGGAAGGAGGACACAUUGGAGGAGGAGGACAAGUUCAACGUCAUGCUCAUGGAGUGCUCCAUCUGCAAUGAGAUUGUCCACCCCAACUGCUUAAAGGUAAAAGAGGCUUCUGGCGUGGUGAACGAUGAACUUCCUAACUGUUGGGAAUGUCCCAAAUGCAACUACGCUGGGAAAACCGGAAAAGUCUGCAAGCAAAAAAGGGGACCAGGGUUCAAGUAUGCGUCUAACCUCCCUGGCUCCCUGCUGAAGGAGCAGAAGGCAGUCAAGGAGGAGGGUGAGGCCACAUCUACGUCUACAGCCAAGAGGAAGCCUGAGGGGGAUGAAAUCUCAAGACACAGACCUGAGGAACGGGAGCCCCUCCACAGACACCCCCCUGUCCUGACCCCCAGCACCCUGCCUCGGCCCAGACCUGAGGAUAAACUGAGGAAGAAGAGGAAGCUCUUCGACGAUGACGAGGAAGAGGACUUCAGUGUGAGGAAGAAGGGAAAGGCAGAUGAACCUCUGUUCCCCAAACUCCUUCAUCAGAUCAAGACUGAGGAGGAAGACCAGGAGGAGGAAGUGGAUGAGGAGGAGACAGACUCUCUGUUCUGGCGAGGCCUGGAGAGGAGAGAUCGUUUAGAAGAUACCGAGGACUGGGCAGAGGACGGGGAUGGCAAAGACACAAAGACAAACUUUCCAAGGCCUCCUCUCAAAACUCCUGUUCUAGACAGUGACCAGUCUCACUGCAGCUCUCCACAGGCUGGCCCCAGCAGCGAGGGUGGCAGUGAACCCCAGGAGAAGGGCCCACGCCCCAAAGCGCGCCGCAAACGCCGUUUACCCAACAAGGAGCUGAGCAAAGCACUGAACCAGGAGAUCCAAAAGACUGAGGACUGCCUAGCCAAUGAGAACCGCCAACCCCUCAAGGUGGAGCCAGAGAGUGAGAAUGAGGAGCCCAAGAGGGGCUUCCGCAUCGGCAGUGACCUGGGAGGGGAGCGCCCCCACCUCCGGACCAAGGAAAUGAACGGCACCCCCUGGGAGCUGCGCCACUUCUACCCCAGCCAGAUCACCCCUCUGGGCUUCAACAGGAGCUCCCCUGGCACCCGGCCCCUGCCCCCACGCUCCCCACCCAAGUGUGUCCAAAUGGAGCGGCACGUAAUCCGGCCACCCCCCAUCAGCCCCCCGCCGGACAGACUGCCCCUGGUGGACGGGAAGACCCAUGCAGUUCAGCGAGAGGUCUGGAUGAAGCUCUUUGGGCACUUCACACACAAGGAGCUGUGUGUCUGCAUGCGUGUCUGCAAGACAUGGAAUAGAUGGUGCUGUGAUAAAAGACUGUGGACCAACAUCGAUCUGAACCGCUGUAAAUCUAUCACUCCCCUCAUGCUGAGUGGCAUCAUCCGCAGACAGCCCCUCUCACUGGACCUCAGCUGGACCAACAUCUCCAAGAAGCAGCUGAGCUGGCUAAUAAACCGCUUACCAGGUCUGCGGGUGUUGCUGCUCUCAGGGUGCUCGUGGGUGGCUGUGUCUGCCCUCUGCACCUCUAGCUGCCCUCUGCUGCGCACCCUGGAUGUGCAGUGGGUGGAAGGGCUCAAAGAUGCCCAGAUGAGGGACCUGCUCUCGCCCCCGACCGAUAACAGACCAGGUCAGUUGGACAACCGCUGUAAACUGAGGAACAUCCUGGACUUGCGUCUGGCCGGGCUGGAUAUCACAGAUGCCUCUCUGCGUCUGAUUAUCAGACAUAUGCCGCUACUUUCCCGACUGGACCUGAGCUACUGCAACCACAUCAACGACCAUUCGGUCAACCUGCUGACGGCCGCAGGGACCACAACCAGAGAUUCACUCACGGAGAUCAACCUGUCAGUUUGUAAUAGGGUGACAGACCAAUCCCUUACCUUCUUCAAGCGCUGUGGAAGCAUCUGUCACAUUGACCUGCGCUAUUGCAAACAGGUGACCAAGAUGGCCUGUGAACAGUUCAUAGCAGAGAUGUCUGUGAGUGUACAGUUUGGACUCAAAGAGGACAAAUUACUGCAGAAACUCAGUUAGACAUUGACAUCAAGGCCAAACAGCAAAAAAGAACUACCCUUUGCACUAAAUGGAGCAAGACAAGGUUUCCCCCAUCAAGCCUGCACUGGUUGGUUUUGUAUGUUUGUUUCUUCUUCAUUGGAGAAUCUACUGUGUUAGAUUUGUGAACGAACAAUGUCACACGAGUUGAUGAGAGGAGCAGAAGUGUGUAAAUGAACAAGGGGGAUGGUCAAAAUGUUUGCAUCAAUGUCUUUCUGGAUGUUACAAACCCAUCCUUGUACUGAAAGGCAAAGAUGUCCUGGACAGGAGAUGGGGAGGGAAAACAAAGCAUGCAUUCGUUCAUUUUGGUGUUAAGAUUGUACCUUUUUCAAAGGCUUGUGUUUGUUGGAUUUCAUUUGUUGGGGGAUUUGUUUUCUAUUACUUAUACAUGUUAAAUGUUUAAGACAUUUUUUUGUACAACAAUAAUUCACGCAUUGGGCUAACAUUUGAGGUUAUAGUGAAGUUUUAAGUAUGCAGUACCAUACACACCCCAGAUUUCAACUCUUACAUCUGAAUAUUGACCUACCGUACUUUAAAUCAGCUUGCCUUGACACCGAUGGUAAUAUAUAUUUUUGGAUGUUAUUUUUUUUUACCUGAUAUCAUGUGCCAAAUUCUGAUGGUGACAUUACAAGUUAAUGGUAGUUACUGACUUGGACUGGAAUUAAUUUAAUACUUUACUUUCAAAAAUGAACAUAAGACUAUUAUUAUAAAAUAAUACAUGUUUUAAAUGUUUAAGUAAAUAAGAAUUAAAUAAAUGUUGCAAAUAUGGUUAGGUUAAUGAAUAUAUCUUGAAAUUAAUCAGUCAAUAAAUAUUGACAUAAGGAAUGUUAGUCAAAUGUAUUUUUUCAAUCUCUCAGUACCUUCUGCAUUUUCCUAUGUUUCGUACAUAUGCCAAUCUGUUGUUUCACAUGUUUUAGCACUCAAGAGCCCAUAAUGUGAGAUUCUGUCAAGUAAUUGAAUCAUCUGCUUUAAAGGGCCAAUCCACAUUUAAAACAAUAACCAAGCGUUCCCCGCCUCUGUUUUGGUAAAAGGCUGAGGGCUGGGCCUGGAGAAAUGUAAUCCCUCUCUAAUCGAAGACUUACAAGAAUGCAAAGACUGACCAUCCAUGAUAUCAUAAUUAUAGUUUUAACCAUGUUUUGAGGCAAUACAGUUUGUUUACAAACAUUGGAGGAAUACAAGCUUAUAUUUUGAGUUCUGAUGGGAUACGAUAGUUGAACUAAGCUCAUGAGGCAUUUGUAAGGUAUAUUCAAGAAUCAAUGAGUAUAUAUCAUUAAUUUCUAAUCCAAAAAUGAGUGUAGCAACUGCAGACUGCCCCUUCACUGUUUCCACAGGUGCAUACAGUCACAGUGGCCUCCACAGACUUGGCAUGUAAUGAGUUUCUUUGAAAGAGCAUUUGAUCAUCCUAUUUUUAAUUCAAGAUCGACUAUCUAUUCAUUUUGUAUUUAUUUAUAUUAGUUAUCAUCCAUAAUUGUGAUGUAAUUAUAAUUUGCCAUUUUCUGUUGACCGUGACCUACAAUGUCACAAGUGAAUGAUAUUGGCCACCUUGAAUACAGAUGCACAAGAUGUAGUUGUUUAAAUCUAAAAUCUAGUGCUAUGAUUGUCAUUAAAAGUAUAUUUCUAUGUAUAAAA